UUCUUCCUCAGGCCACUGCUGCUCGAGCUACGUACCAGGCGAGCCAGUUUUUUCCGUCCACCGCAGCGCACGCCACACACUCGUUAAGCCCGUGCCAACACGAGAAGUCGCCACUAAUAAAUUACUGUUUUUUACUGCACUCGAACAGUCUACGCCGCGCAGCCGACUAAUUUAUACGUAAAAAUAACCAUUAAUCAGUAUUAAAACCCUGUCGUUCGCGCCCAAACACAGCGCCCAAGCCCCGCCCGUCACAAGCACCAUAGCCCAGACAAAAUGUUCGCCGUGAUGCAAAUCGACGAAGAUCACACAAGAGAUUUCAGGCGUAAACUGCGCCCAAAAUGCGAGUUCGUCUGCAAGUAUUGCCAACGUCGGUUCACUAAGUCCUAUAACCUUAUGAUACACGAGAGAACCCACAAGAGCCCGGAGCUGUCUUUCAGCUGCGAGGUCUGUGGGAAGAGUUUCAAAAGGCAGGAUAAUUUACGUCAGCACAGAUGUAGUCAAUGCUUGUGGCGGUGAAGGUGAUGGAGAUAGCACGAUUCAACAGCGGUCUCUAACACAAUAGAAGACAUUCAUUACAAAUCGAACAAGGAGACCAUGUAUUUGCGAUGGUGACACAACAAUUAUGAAGACCCCAGUGACGUCAAACGCUUUAAAACCCGGGAAUUCUUUUAACAGUAUUCAAGUGUCACCAUGUUAACGCCAGAAUUAAAUAUAACACAAAAUAAUUUUUAAAACAAAUGACCUGCCCUUCUUAAAUAAAACGAAAAUUUCAAAUAUUCGAAUUUGGAACUCUAUGUUCCCAAUUCGAAUCUAUUGAAUUGUUUUAAUGUUUGUGGUAGACCUUAGUUUUAAUAUUAUGUUGUUUCAGUUAAUUUAACGCAAAUCUGGUCACAAACCGUGUACAUAAAUAAAUAUAAAGAUACUUACACAUUUUUAAUUCAAUAUUUUGUUUAAAAUUGUGUAAACAUUUUUUAUAUUAAUAUUACAUACACGCAUCCAUUUUAAUAUUUAAAAAAUCAAGAAUAUCAUUUAACAAAGUUGCCAACGUUGAAAAAAGAAUAUUUAAAUACAGAACAAAAACGUAUUCUGGUGAUUUGUACAUAGUAUUUAUUAGGAUAAGUGACGGUAGCAUAUAAACGGCUUAACUGCUUAGCUAUAUUCUAUGUAAAAUAAUAUUUAUGUUAUAUUUAAAUUGUUAUGAUUAGCUUCUUAUACGUAGAACGUACAGGAUUGUUUAAUAACUUAAGGAGGGAUUAGGAGUUCGUUCCUAACAUACCUAUAGAGAGUUGAUAAAUGAAUAUUGAUAUAAUAAAGCUUAUAUAAAUUUUAUGCUUCAUAUAUAUUGUAUACUGCAUCGUUCCUAAACUAUCUUUUCUAAAAAUCUGUAAUCAUUAAAUGUCAUUUAAUAUUCUGUUAAUUUCUUUCAUUGUUAGAGCUACUAUACUUCGUUGUUUCGACGAAGUAAUCAGUAGUUAAAAAUAGUCUUAACACAAAAUAUAUAAAUCUUGUUUAUAUAUGAAAUGUCAUAAGACCAGUGCCUUUAUUAUAAUAUAUGUUUGAAGCUUAGGCGUUAUUUUAUUCCACGUGCCAAUAUGUGACAGAUAACUGUCAUUUAGCCAUAUGUUAUGAGUUAGUGUAAGUUGUAUAAAAAUUAAUAUGCGAAAUGUCUCUAUUUACUUAUGUAUUUCAUCGUGUAGAUGUA